UUGAGUUUAUCGCCGCCAUCCCCGCCAUCAUCCGUCAGAAAAGCCGUUGCGCUUUCAUUGCUGUUUUUUCCAUUUUUUCGAGUGCUUUAAAUUUAGUGAAUUAAUUUGUAUAGAAUAAGUACAAGACGGGUCUUUAAAUUUUUUGUUUUUAUCCAGUAGUCAAUUCCAAACGACAAAUAUGGGAAUAUUUCACAGUAAAAUUUCACCAAUGAACAAACAAAGCGAGCAGCUGAACAACUUCGUUGACCCACGAUCGCCAACGUUCAACAUCAACCGCAGUCCCAUUGGAAUAGAAACUGUCCUCGAUAAACCUAGCAUUACCAAAGUGCGUGAUCUAACGGCAGACCUUACGGAAAUUUUGGACCAUGCCCAGACACCCGACCGAUUCGCCACUUCCGAUAAGCUACAAUCCGCUUUGGACCCGCGCUCUCCAAGCUUGUUCUUGCGCACCCCGCUGGUGCUGAACGACUCCGAUGCAUCCAAUAGGAGUUUACGGGGCAGCUCCGUCGAGUACGAGGAGAUCGAUUGCGAUGGUGAACUCUCGUUUAAGGAUUGUACCGCGACAGAUAUUUCCGAGGUACUCAGCGUCGGUCCCACUGAUGGAACCAGCGGAAGCAUUUUCAGCAACGACACCAGUUUGAACACGGAACUGAAAGCGGACAUCGACAACAUAAUUCAGAAACUGUAUGACGCAGGUAGCCUCAAAGAUCCACGAUCACCAUCGGUCGAUAUCCAGCGCACUCCCAUCGUUUUUCAAGAAAAGCAAGAACCCAUCAACGACGACGAAGAUCAAACUGAGAUUCAAACGAAAGAGGAAAAGGCGUCGAACAACCUUCCGCCCAGGUACCACAGCAGGACAUUAUCAAAGAGGAUGAAACAAAACUACAACAACCAAACUAACCAUCGUUCAUCAAGACGAGAACACAACUACACCGCUGAUGAGCAUAACACCGAAGCGAAACAAAUCGGAUCUGAGUGCAAGGAAAACGGCUCGGUGGCCCUCGUACCCCUCUGGGAUGUGUUACCAAUGUGCAACCGCUGAGCAACAGUACCGGAGGCAAUAAUGUGUUGCGUAAGACGGCAUUGAUUGGAUCGAUGAAACAGAGUGGUGCCAGCACUGGGUUGGGGUCCAGCACAGAAAUGAUUCCCGCUGGAAAGAAACUGCAAACGCGUUCUAAGAUUCCCACAUUUAGGAUGAAAUAAUCUUAAAAGAUUUCCAUAUUUUCAUUAAUUUCUGAAGUGUGAUGGAUUCAGCAAAACACUAUUUUUAAUUAGAAUAGUCUUAACUAUCAUUUACAAACUGUCGCAUUGAUUUUUUUUGACAACAUUUCUUUAUUCCUUUAUUUUAGAACGAUUUGUACACAUUUCACGCAUUAAACAUAAGAAAAAGUAAAAACA